GGUAUGGCGGUCCUUCAAAGGAUCGAUGACGCUGUGGUCGAAGCAAAUCCUAGGAUCCAAGCUAAACUCCUCCAGCCACUCUCGCAGCCGAAUACGUGGCGCCGGGCCUUUCCCUCUCUGAGUGCGAAUGAUAUCCCUCGAGUCUCUUCCGAGGUCGGCUGUCCUGUCAAUCCCCGCAUUCGACGCGUCAUUGCCGAGAUGCAGGUACUCGCAACCACCCUCAUGCCUUCUUCCGAGAGAACGGCCUCCUCUCGCGUUUUUGAUGCCCUCCUUUUCGGCUUUCACACUCUAUGGGACUCGGUCUGGGCGUGGAUGGACUUCAUGAACCCUCUCUACGGCACGCUCCUCUCGAAGGGUCGCGAUCGACUCGCACUCUCCGUCACAUUGCCCGCUGUGCUCGCCAUGGCUCUGAGGCUAGCGUCGAAGGAUCCAGACCCUCAUUUUCGGGAUAGCGACACGGUUCAAGCACCUCUGGAGAUGCUCAUAGCUCUGUGGUACCACGGAUACGGGUUGGACGACUCGGACCACGCGCUUAUGCAGCUUGAACGUGACAGCGACGAAACAUUGUUCCUUCGGACGCAGCAUAGCCAGGAAACCAUCCGCGAACUCAUCCGGAAGACCGACUCGCCAUUCUACGAUCGGACGAUCGAGGCGAUGUACAAGAUUUCGCGCGGGCAUCCCGAGAGGCUUCGACGCAAAAUGCUAGCGAAUCUGGACCGCGGGCUGUAUCUUCGCCACGACAUCUCCGAUAAUUCUCUGCGACACGUCUAUAUUCAACCCAUCUACUGCCUCACACGCAUACCUUCGUACAACUUCCCUCCCUCUUCGAGCAAGACCAUACGGAGGCAGACUCAACAUUUGCUGGAACUCUCGCGCGCGCCGGACACAAUGCAACGCGCUGCCUGCCUGUGUACAGUCAUCUUCGCCCUGCAUGUCACGGAAUCUAGCGGCCGUGUCAUAUCGCUCGCACUAUCGGCCGGGCUGCUGACGGGCCUGCGCAAUAUCACCGCUCAUCUUUCCCAAACUCCACCGCAUCGCCUUUCCUUCUUGCCUGGUCUCGUGGAAGUCACGCUUACAGUCGUAUGCAUGACGUUCCGCCUUCGCCACGUAGCGAAGCGCUUCGUUCAUACGACGGACGAACUGGAUUUUUUGAGCGAGCUACCGUCGAACUUGGGCAUGUUGCCUGCGCGAUGGAAACAGCUUAUUGAUGACAAGAGAAUACUCUCGGCGGCAUGGACGGAGUAUCAGCAGAGGCUUGAACGUGCUGGACGGUGCUUCAAUAUCGAGUGCAUGUCGGGCUCAUCAGCCCUGAAGUGCUGUGUUUGUCAAAAGGCAUAUUACUGCUCAAAGCAAUGCCAACGAGCAGACUGGUACAUUCGACAUCGCGAAGAUUGUGAGGGUGAUAGUAAAGCAUGCAAGCUCGGGUUAGCGGACCGUGUAUUUGCAGGGGAACUCACACGCGGCUAUGUCAAGGCAGGUCAUUCCGUCAUACGCGAGAAGAUCGCGAUGCCGGAGUUCCAAAAGCAUCUCAGAGAAGGGCGCCACAUUGUCGUACAUGUUCGGUAUCAUGGAAAAACAUCGAACAUCGACUUCAAAGUGGACACACGGGAGUCGGAAGGAGGAUGCGCUCGACAUCCUAUGCUGUAUAUUACAGCUGACUUCGCAUAUUACCACGUCCAGGAGACUCUGAACUUAGAUCCCUUUCCCCUGCAGGACUUCUUAGAUAUGGUUGUGGUAGACCAACCGACGUACUAUUGGCAACGCUCGUAAUGACUCAGUUGAUGUACCGUGCACCUUACUUGGGAUCUGUCU